AACAACAAAAAAACAAAAUCACAAGUGGAGUAUUAUUAUUUUUCUUGGUUCUCUCCCUCUCUGAUUCCUUUUUCCCGCUCAUCGAAUUGUUGCCUCACACUGAAAUUUUUGCUAUUUCCUCUGUGUAUUUAUACCCUUUUUCCUCUCUCUUGCUCUUAUUGGGAUCUUCGUUUAGUUCUAAUCUAAUACUUCUGUGAAGUUGCUAUUUUUGCCUAACGAUACCCUGUGGUUGUUGGAGGCUGGAUUCCAAUAAGAUAAUAAUUUACGGAGCUCGACGAAGGAAGAGGUUUGGACAGCCUGAGGAUUAUGGAUGGGAAGGAGAAUAAUGUUAAUGGUUCAAAUGAAGUUGUUAUUCCUAAAUGUUGUUUGAAGGCUAGGGUAUAUGAUCCUCAACUUGAAUCCAAUUGCCACUCCACUGUCGUUUCAGGAUGGUUCUCUGAACCUCGCUUAUCCUCUGAUGAAAAAGAGAGGGUAUUGUACUUUAACAAUCCAAUGUGGCCAGGAGAAGCACAUUCCCUGAAAGUAGAAAAGAUUUUAUUCAAGGGAAAGUCAGAAUUCCAGGAGGUUUUGGUUUUUGAGUCUGCAUCCUAUGGGAAAGUUCUAGUGCUAGAUGGCAUUGUUCAGUUGACCGAGAAAGAUGAAUGUGCCUAUCAGGAGAUGAUAGCCCAUCUUCCUCUCUGUUCAAUCAAAUCUCCUAAGAAGGUUCUGGUUGUUGGGGGUGGUGAUGGUGGAGUUCUAAGGGAAAUUUCUCGACACAGCUCUGUGGAGCUGAUUGAUAUUUGUGAGAUUGAUAAAAUGGUUAUCGAUGUCAGUAAAAAAUAUUUCCCGGAUUUGGCUAUUGGCUUUGAGGAUCCUCGUGUCAAUCUUCAUGUUGGCGAUGCUGUUGAGUUUCUGAAGAACACACCUGAAGGGAAGUAUGAUGCUAUCAUAGUUGAUUCAUCAGAUCCUGUAGGUCCUGCAAUAGAGCUUGUGGAAAGACCAUUCUUUGCAACAAUAGCCAGGGCAUUAAGGCCUGGUGGUGUACUUUGUAACAUGGCAGAGAGCAUGUGGCUUCAUACUCAUCUUAUUCAGGAUAUGAUCUCAAUUUGCCGUGAAACAUUUAGUUCUGUUCAUUAUGCAUGGACCAGUGUUCCUACAUAUCCUAGCGGUGUUAUUGGGUUUCUUCUGUGCUCGACUGAGGGACCAUCUGUUGAUUUUAAGCAUCCUGUUAAUCCUAUUGAGAGGUUAGAGGGCGCUCUUCAGCAUCAGAGGGAACUUAAGUUUUACAAUUCUGAGAUGCAUGAAGCUGCUUUUGCAUUGCCGUGCUUUUUAAGGAGGGAGGUGAGGUGUCUCCGUGGCAGCCCACGUUCUGCUUGAGUCAAGAUUUAAGUUAGUCGCAUUUUCUAUGAAAUUAUUACCCAUUUCUUUUCCUUGCUGCUGGAGUAUACUGAUUGAAUGUAGAUGCGGCUAUUUAUUCUGUGGUUUGUAUUGUUAUUUGAUAUUGAAGACAUGAACAUGUAAUAUGACAGUUUCAGUACUGCUUAUAUCUAUUGUUGACUUGUUGAACUUGGUA